AUGUCGGCGGCGGUGCAGCCGGUCGCGACCCUGCCGACACUCACCAGUGCCGUCCCGCCACCCCAUAAUCCGCUACACCAUACACCUGGGGGGCUGCCGUUGCCGCCGUUGGGCACGGCGCCGGUGAUGAUGCCGCGACCACCGACGAGCACCAUGCCGCCGCUUGGACCAUCUCUGCCGCCCUCGCAUCAGGACGCCGCCGACCUGGCGGAGGCUGCGCCCAACCAGGACGUCAUUCGGGCCCUGUUAGUGAGGAACAAGAAGCUGGAAGAACGGAAGAUUGAAACUCCAAGCUGUUUUUCGAUCAAGGAAGAACCUUCGAUACCGAAAUGCGGCGGUUGUCAGGAGGCAAUUUUGGACAAAUUCGUUUUGAGGGUUCUCGAAAGGUGUUGGCAUGCAAGGUGUUUAACGUGUCGCGACUGCGGGGCACGGUUGACCGGCAAAUGUUUCGCAAGGAACGGCCAUGUUUUCUGCAAAGACGACUUUUUCAAGCGUUUCGGGACGAAAUGCGCGGGCUGCGGCCAAGGAUUGGCACCGUCGCAGCUUGUACAAAGGGCACAGGAGCUGGUCUACCACCUGACUUGCUUCUCUUGCGCCCUUUGCUCCCGGCAACUGGAUCCUGGCGACGAGUUCUACCUAAUGGAGGACAGGAAGCUCGUCUGCAAGCCCGAUUAUGAACAAGCGAAGGCAAAAGAGUUGGCCGACGGAGGCAGUAUAGACGGCGACCAACCGAAUAAAAGGCCGCGGACGACGAUCACCGCGAAACAACUGGAGACCCUGAAAUUAGCAUACAACACCAGUCCAAAGCCAGCGAGACACGUGCGAGAACAACUCUCACAGGACACAGGACUCGAUAUGCGCGUAGUUCAAGUCUGGUUCCAGAACAGGAGAGCAAAGGAAAAGAGACUGAAAAAAGAUGCGGGCAGGACUAGAUGGUCCCAGUAUUUCCGAAAUAUGAAAGGGACAGGCGCUGGUGGACAUUCACCUAGACACGACAAACUCCUCGAUAAAGACGAACUCAAAGUCGAUCUUGAUUCUACUUUCAGUCACCACGAUUUGAGUAACGACAGUUACGGCACAGUGGUGAACAUGGGAUUAGAUGGCGAAGGCGCGAGUCCAGGUGGGGGUGGAAAUGGGGCUGGCGGGGGUCCUCCACGCGGAUAUUUAGGUGCAACAACUCCCCCUUAUCUCUCAACGUCCAGAUCACCGUCCUUACCACCUCAGUUUCCAUAUCCACCGGACGCUGGCCUCUCCGUCUACACAACUCUCGGUGGCGCUGGCAGCAUGGUACCGGGACCGGCGUCGGAUUUGAGCAACGAAUCGAGCGGCGGCGGCGGCGGAGGCGGUGGCGGUGGUGGCGGAGGUGGUUACCCGGACUUUCCACCCUCGCCCGAUUCAUGGCUCGGCGAACCACCACCUCCCCACGCUCACCACCAUUCCCACUACGGCACAUAACC